AUGGCGGCUGCUGCUGCUGCUGCUGCUGCUGCUGGAGAAAUUGCCGGACUUACUGCUUUGAUUGGUAACAUAUAUGGAGCUAUCAGAGCUCACGUUACUGGAAAAGCAGCUCUAGUAGCUCUUCUGAAAGAGUACCAACUCCGGCUGCACGAAGACGAGCCAUCCAUCAAGCAGGGUCUAAACCUUCGCCACUGCCAGCCUCACGCUAUGGACCUCUACGGAAAAUCCAUUGUCCUUGCAGAAUGGCUUGCUAGCAAACAUAUCAAGCUUACAAAUACUCAAGGUGGCCCAGCGAACCGACCCUGGUGGAAAUUCCGUUUCAAAUUCAGUGACAGGAAGAAGCGUGAUUUCGAGACUUUCCUUGGGAAAGUCCAACAUGCAUCCGAGAGACUAAUUGACUGUGUACAAAGCGCACCACUAGUAUUAAUUCAUUUCCUGAUUUGGAUUAAUGAUCCUGAACCUUAUCACUUUAUAGGGUAUCGCCCUUGCUGA